UGAUGUUAUUGACGUGACGUGCAAAUGAGCGAUAGAAAACCGAUCGCGCAAAUUUGUUUAUGUAUUUAUUUAUUCAAGCAGAGUAUAAGAGAGUUGUACUCCAGUCUAGUAGGGGGCGGUAAUACAACAUCUAACAGAUGCCAACAUCCCUUAAACCUCAUCGAAGAAGAAGAAGAAGAAGAAGAAGAAGAGACGUUCUUCCUUGAGACUGGUAGAGGGUUGACUGUUCAGAAUCACAAUUACAUUUAAUAGAAGCAUCUAACUUCAUAGCUAGAAGAAGAAUCAAGCUCUGGAGUAACUGAUGGGAGAUCGUACAGUGGAUCAAAAUGGUCCUAUGCGGGUGUUGGUGACUGGGGGAACUGGUCUGGUGGGCAGGGCCAUAGAACAUGUGGUCAAAGAGGAGGGAGGGGCCAGGGAGGGAGAGGAGUGGAUCUUCCUCUCGUCUAAGGAUGCAAACCUCAUGGACAUGGGUGAGACACGGGCAGUGUUUCAGAAGCACCAGCCCACCCAUAUCAUCCACCUGGCAGCCAUGGUGGGAGGGCUCUUCAAGAACAUGAGGGCCAACCUAGACUUCUGGAGGAACAAUAUCUACAUCAAUGACAACGUUCUUCAGGCAGCACACGAGGUAGAUGCUGUCAGGGUGGUCUCUUGUCUCUCCACCUGCAUCUUCCCUGACAAGACCACCUACCCCAUCGACGAGACCAUGAUCCACAACGGCCCUCCUCAUGAGUCUAACUAUGGUUACGCCUACGCUAAGAGAAUGAUCGAUGUCCACAAUAGGGCGUAUCACCAGAAGCAUGGGCGGUGCUACACAGCAGUGAUACCAACAAAUGUGUUUGGUCCUCAUGAUAACUUCAACAUUGAGGAUGGACAUGUACUACCAGGUCUCAUACACAAAGCCUACAUUGCUCAGAAGGAGGGCAGUCCGCUGGUGGUGUGGGGCUCAGGAACUCCCAGAAGGCAGUUCAUCUACUCAUUGGACCUGGCUCGUCUCUUCCUCUGGGUGCUGAGAGAGUACCAUGAGGUGGACCCCAUCAUACUGUCUGUUGGUGAGGAGGAUGAGGUGUCCAUCAAGGAGGCAGCCGAUGCCGUCGUCGAGGCGCUGGGGUUCAAAGGUCAAGUGACUUAUGACACUACCAAAGCGGACGGUCAGUUCAAGAAGACUGCCAGCAACGCCAAGCUGCUGCGGUACCAUCCCAACUUCACCUUUACCCCCUUCAAACAAGCUUUGAAGCAGACGUGUGAUUGGUUCGUGGCCAAUUACGACAAUGCCCGCAAGUGAAUAUUCCUUCAAUAUGAUUGAGUCAUGGGUAACUGCAUACAUGGAGUGUGUCUGAAAGUGGGAGGAUCAACAGAAGCGGGUGUAUGGAAAGCGAAUCAGCUAAUUGGGCAGAUUUGUUGCCACUCAAGACCGUUUUGCGUGGCAGAUUGGGCUGCAUGACGAGUUGAUUGUUGACAACUGUAGCAUUUUAGCUAACCCUUUUCCUAACCUACCACCAGGGUUGGGUAGGUUACAUUCUAAAUGUAAUGUUAGGUACUAGGUACCUGUCCAAAAUUGUAAUCAAUGUGAGUGUGUUGCUAUGGAAUACCUAGGAUAGGAUAAAGUAAUCCUUCUAACCCCCCCCCCUAAAAGAUUUAGAUGCACUAUUGUAAAGUGGUUGUUCCACUGGAUAUCAUAAGGUGAAUGCACCAAUUUGUAAGUCGCUCUGGAUAAGAGCGUCUGCUAAAUGACUUAAAUGUAAAUGUUAUAGUAGUAAAAGCCAAAUUCAAUAUUUUAUCCCCCCCAAAAAUUGGUGAUACCUACAGGGGACCUACAAUUCUAAAUCAAAUAGCUAAAUGAUCCAUGGUAUGACCGUCUUAAAACAAUUCCAUAUGUUAGUUUAGUAAAAUCCCCCCCUGAUGUUACAUCCAUCACUGUUGAUCCACUCACUUCUUUUGAAACUCCCACUAUUCAGUCACACUUAAAGUAUGCAGUUACCUAUACUUGAUCUGAUUGGCUGUCAAGCAACCAGACCCAGGAAGGCAGGAGCAGGAAGAGGGGGUCAUGGGGAGUCAAACCUUCAGGAGCUGAAGGUUCUAGAACUGAAGAAUGUACUAAUCAGACCUCACAUGAAGAACGUUAUCUGCCAUUACAUUGUCUUGUCAGAUUGAUGUGGGCUCGUGCUGGAGUGAGGGGAAUUGACCGUGCACAACAUGGCAGUGUAGCUUGUAGUGUCUGAGUUGAUCUCUCAGUUUUGUGGAAUAAUUAUAAUGUUAAAUGUAGGUGGUGGCAUGCACUUUACAUUUGUGCGAACGCCAAUAAAUUAGAGAAGAUGUAAUGUGGUCCUGAUCAUGUCGCUGAAAUUCCUUGAAGAAUGUGAAGUUUGGGCUUGUCUGAACGUUCUAAACCGCUUUGGAGGAGUCCCAAACUGCAUCAUAUUCCCAAUAUAGUACACUACUUUGGACCAGAGCCCUAUGGCACUAUGUAGGGAAUAGGGUACCAUUUGGGACGCAUCCUAUCAAUUUAUGUCUGGAGUGACCAGCAGGACUCCACUGUCUCGUCUCCCCUGUCCCCCUCGCUAUAACCAUGCCUACACCAUAGGAAUAGAAUUGUCCAAAAAUAAACCACAAUAGGAAGGCUCUGGUGAAUUCUGUUCACACUACUCUCAAUUUGUCUACUUUAUCAUCUGAUGCAUGUUGGGUUUAUAUUUUUGUUCAAUAUACAACAAAUUCAAAGAUUUGACUGAGUUACUUCAUAUAAGGAAAUCAGUCAAUUGAAAUAUGUUCAUUUGGUCCUAAUCUAUGGCAUUCACAUGACUGGGAAUACAGAUACCUUAAAAAAAAGAAAACGGGCCUCAGGAUCUCAUCACAGUAUCUCUGUGUAUUGAAAUUGCCAUUGAUAAAAUGCAAUUGUGUUUAUUGUCCAUAGCUUAUGCCUGCCCAUACCAUAACCCCACUGCCACCAUCAGGCACUCCGUUGACAUCAACAAACCACUCGCCCGCACGACUCCAUAUACGUGGUCUGCGGUCGUGAGGCUGGUUGGACAUACUGACAAAUUCUCUAAAACGACGUUUGAGGCAGCGUAUGGUAGAGAAAUGAACUUGAAAUGAUUUGGCAACAGCUCUGGUGGACAUUCCUGCAGUCAGCAUGCCAUGUGCACGCUCCCUCAACUUCAGACAUAUGUGGCAUUGUGGUGUGACAACUGCACAUUUGAUUGGUCAUAUGUCUCCAGCACAAGGUACACCUGUGUAAUGAGCAUGCUGUUUAAUCAGCUUCUUGUUAUGCCACAUCUGUAAAGUGGAAGGAUUUUUCUUGGCCAAGAAAAAUGCCCACUAACGGAUGUAAACAAAUUUGUGCACAAGAUUUGAGUGAAAAGCUUUUUGUGCGUAUGGAACAUUUCUGGGAUCUUUUAUUUCAACACUUUACAUGCGUUUUAUUUGUCCAGUGGAGAAUACUAGGUGGUUUGAGAGGUUCUUUUAUAUCUUUCUUUACAAAAAAAACUAAUUGUUUUAAAGGGUGCAGUAUGUAUAUUGGUGGCGGGCUGAGAAUAAAUGAAGAAUGUUUAUUUUAA